UUCAUUCCUUUCACAGACUAUUGCUGUUGGAGAGGACAGUUUGAAAGUUUCAGGGCCUGAAGGGUUUCUCUUUGGGUGAAGGGCAUUGGCCUUGUCUGGAUCCACCAUCAUGUUCCUGCUGCUACCCUUUAAUAGCCUGUUUGUCAACUUGCUUGGCAUUUCUCUGACAGUUCUUUUCACACUCCUUCUUGUUUUCAUCAUUGUCCCAGCCAUUUUUGGUGUCUCCUUUGGUAUCCGAAAACUCUACAUGAAGACUUUAUUAAAAAUCUUUGCGUGGGCCACUCUAAGAAUGGAGAAAGCCAAGGAGAAAAACUAUCAACUUUACAAGCCGAACACCAAUGGAAUAAUUGCAAAAGAUCCCACUUCACUAGAAGAAGAGAUCAAAGAAAUACGUAAAAGUGGGAGCAGUAAGGCCCUGGAUACUCCAGAGUUUGAGCUUUCUGACAUUCUCUACUUCUGCCGAAAAGGAAUGGAGACCAUUAUGGAUGAUGAAGUAACAAAGAGGUUCUCAGCGGAGGAGUUGGAGUCCUGGAACUUGCUGAGCAGAACCAAUUAUAACUUCCAAUAUAUCAGCCUUCGACUCACUAUCUUGUGGGGGUUGGGGGUGCUGAUUCGCUAUUGCUUCCUUCUGCCACUCAGGAUAGCUCUUGCCGUCACGGGGGUCAGCCUUUUGGUGGUAGGCACAACCCUGUUGGGAUAUUUGCCAGAUGGAAGGUGA